AUGAGCAAGUUUAACGAAGAAGUCGGCCCCAGCACAUCCGGGACUUCUAACACUGACAACAAUUCUUUGGACGACUUGAAUGACGACGUAAGUAAUGUUAAUUUGAGUAAUUUUUGUGUAACUGUUUCAUCAAUUUUAAUGAGUGUUGUCCACAUAAAUUAUUGAAUAGGUAAAUUACAUUAUAUAUCAUUACUAUUUGCAAACUAUUUUACUACAAGAAAAAGUAAUGACCCACCCUCUAAGUGUUGUCCAGGUAGGUAUAUGAUAACUUGGUACUAAGUAACAAAUUUAAGCAAGCUAAAGCUUUGGUCAGCAUAUUUUUUCCGAUGAUUUCUUUUUUUAAUUUGUUGCUGAUAAAAAUGGUAUUAAAUAAUGUAUAACUAUGGUGUCCAAAUAUAAAAAUCCAAAAAAAAGUAGCUAGGUACAUUUUAAAAUUUAGGUCCUGCAUAAUAAAAAAAUCCCUCCUUUGAAAGAAUAGGGCAAUGUGUAAACUAUUCUUCCCAUUUUGCCUAUAGCUCAUCUCCAUCUAUAUACAUUUUAUUUUAAUCUAAUUAUUUUUUUUCUAUAAUCAAUUAUAAAAACUAUAUUGGUAAAACUAUUAUUAUAACUGUAUAAGUUAUGAUAUUUUCAAUUUUUUUUUUUUUUCCGUUUAACAUUGGUUUUUCAGUUGUCGUUACUGAUAGUCGCUUUUUUUUUCAAUUAACCGACAGCAGUGGGGGGAUUAGGCACUUACAGACAUUUGGAAUACAUUAGAUCGAACCAUAAAAUAUUAGAAUAAAAAUGAAUAGUCAAAUUAUACAAAAUCAUAAACAUAUAUAUUUAUUACCUUUGCUUAACACUAUUGUUAAGGACACAGAACAAUGCAUAAAAAAAGAGUACUGUCCUACGAAAAAGAGUACGUUUGAUUACCAUAUGUAUAACUGUAAAAAUUAUCUACCUAUUCAAUAGUUUUUUUUUUUUUUUGGAAACACAAUAUUGUUCUGGUUGAAGUAGUAAUAAAAAAUAGCUAAGGGUGUCAAAAAGCUAAAUAUGUCACGUUUGAAUACACCUACUAAAGCUUGUACAUUCUGGCGUGAUUUUCUUUUUCAUUAAUUUUUAUUAAAUUUGAUUAUUUUUCAAUUAUUGUUACACUAUUAAAAAAUAUAAAUGUCUUCCUCACUUAUUUACCUAAAUUUAAAUGGAAGUCGUGGUUCCUCAAAAACAUUAUCAACCACGAACUGACUGGAACUUCAUUUUAAUUUUCUUUUUAUAUUGGACAAAAGCUUUUACUAUAGCAUUAGAUAUACAAUAUGGUGAUUGCAAAAGUGUUUCGCAGACAGAAAUAUUUUUAGUGGAGUUCAAAUAAAUUGGAUAUCAGGCUACUAGAUCAAAUUGUGUAAUAAUCACCUAUUUUUAUAUUUCCUGUGUACCAAAAUACCAGGUGAUCCAUUUAAGUGGGUACACUCAUUAUCUCGGAAAGUAUUAUUUUUUCCCAGAAUCUGUUUUCUAGAACAUUAAGAAACAAGCUGCUUUACAAUUUUAUAUUUAUAUUAUGUUUUGUCACAUUAUUUUUGGGGGUAAAACCACUACCUACUUAUAAUUUUUCAAAUGGUAACCUAUAUUUUAAAAGUCUAUAAAUAGAUAGACUAUUAGUUAAAAUAAAUUUUAAUUUUGACAUUUUUGAUUUCCAUUAAUCCGUAGGUACUAGAUAUUCUACUUUUAAGUUUGGGUUGGAGGAGAAUUGAGAAGUAUAAUUUGUGUGGCAGUACUGCGCGCUGCGUGUUAAUAAUGCACCACUACUUUCCACACCAAUCUAAAAUUAAAAGUAGAAUAUCUCAUAAAUAACUUAACAGAAAUCAAACAUUUCAACACUAAAAUUUAUUUUAAAUAAUACUCCUAUUUAUGGACUUACAUACAAAUUACCAUUUGAAAAUCAAAAGUAGGUAAUUGUUUUACCCCCAAAAUAAGGGUGACAAAAAUUAUCAUAACUAUAAAAUUAAAGAGCUGCUUGUUUCUUGAAUGUUCUAGAAAACAAAUUUUGAAAAAAUUAAUAUUUUCUGUGAUAAUGAGUGUACCUACUUAAAUGAAUCACUCGCUAUAUGUAUUAUUAAUAUUUACGAUAUAUAGAAAUAAUUGAUGACAUCUCCACUAUAAAUUUUGUUUUGUCCUGGACUGCCCUUCCUAUAAGUACAUACAUUAUACUUACAUUGUCUGACAUAUGCCUUAUAUUGUCUUACAUAUGUCUGAUUACAACAUUUAAUUGCAUUUUGUUACAAAGCUGUAUACAGAUCAAAAAUAUUGCAAGUAUUUAGUGUUCUAAAAAGUACUUAAAGGAACCUUUUAUCUAUUUUUAGUUUUUUAUUGGAUACCUGCAAAGAAAAUUCUCAAUUUAUUCGAAAUUUUUCAAUAGAAGCAAAUCAUAUUUUGUUUUAACAUUCUACAUAAUUUUAACUUAUUUAUUUAUUGUAUCUUAUCUAGUAAUUAUUUAAGGACAAAUUGGUGUUUAAUGUUUAUUCAUAUGUUUAAUAUCUGUGAUUAUAACCAAAUGACUAUUAAAAACAAACAUAGACAUGUGUGCAUGUUGUCAUUGUUUGUAUGAAAAAUUAAAUUUAUCUAGUUAAUUUUUUUUUUUUGAGAAUUUUAAAAAUUCCAUAAUUUUUUCUUAGUCAUUUUUAGAUAGGUUAACAAUGAAAAAUAGUUUGUUUUUAUGUUUAUGACCAUUAUCUGUAACGAAAUAAUUACCAAUUAAAACUUUUUAAUAACUUAAUAACUCUAUGCUAAUAUCUGCAUAAUUCAACGAGAGAUUCAGAUGUUAGUAAAACUGAAUAUCUAUGUUUUUGCACGGGUAUAGUAUUCACUGAUGCUGUAUACAAGGGUAAAGAUUUAUGUUCUUAAAACACGUGUACUUUAUCCCCAGUUUGUAUCAUCUAAUUUAGUGAUAGUGUUAUUGUGAGUUUUCAUGUGUAGAAUUUUGUAUUGACAUAUUUAAUUAAAUAAAAUAUUUAUGAAUGUUCUUAUAUAAUUUAAAUACUAUACUAAAAAUAUAAUUUUUGGCAAUACAAUAUGGACUGGUACCCUUGUAUUGGUUGAGACCACCUGCUUUAUAAUUCCUAAACAAUGGUUGAUACUUAACUACAUUUAUCAGUUUAAGAAGUAAUUAUCUCAUCCAUACAGUAUUUUAUGUGGAAAAUAGAUCUAAGUAAACUGGCAGAUUUGUCUCUUUUGGAGACCAUGUCUAUUAUAUGUUAUUAGUGUGCUAAUACACUAAUUACUACAACUUUUGUGUCAUAUGAAAAGUAGUUAAUGUCGUGUUAUUAGUGUAAUUAUAUUUUUACUGUUCCCUUUAUAACAGUACUUAGUAGUUUCUCCUCCCGCCACAGUUAUACAUUAUUCAACAUUUGUUGUUUUGUCAUCAAAAUAUUUAAAGAACAAAUCAUUUAAAAUGAAUAUGUUGCCCCCCUUUAAAUUUCUUCCCUAUGUUUGAGCCCAUUUUACCUAAAAAUUAGAGAUGUAUCAUUAGCGAACUAAUGGGUUGCACUCAGUGGCGGCUUGUGGGGUUUAUUGCAGGUGGGGCACAAAAAUUUGAAAGUUAUUGCCUUAUAUCUUGUUUACCUAAAAGUUUAAGAUCUAAAUGCGCAUUUAUGUGUGACCUUGAUUUUAUAUGUGUACUGAUUUUAUCGUUCAAAUGAGCCAAAUCAUUUAUUCCGUUUUGUGACCAAUUUUUAUCACCAGAAGUACGACAAAAAAGUAUACAAGGAAAAUAAAACAAACGGUUCGUUUUAGAACAACCACAUAACCAAUCAUGUUUUGAAUAAACGUCUUUANCUUUGUUUUUUUAAUUUGUAUUAUAUUUAAAUUUGGCAUUGGCCUACCUUCGUUUUUUAUUUCAACCUUUUUCUCAAGAGGUAAACUUGAAAAGUUGAUACUCAGUAAAUACUCGACCGUAACAUAAUAUCUAUCCAUGAUGAAUAAUAGAAAACAAAUUUAAUAAAUUAGGUAUUGUAAAUUUGUAAAUAUUAAAUUACAAACACAAAACGACAGUAAACAACGAACAGAAAGAAUAAUAAUAAAAAUAUUUAAUAAAUUAUGUAUAGUAAAUUUGUAAAUAUAAAAUUAUACAUACAAAACGACAUUAAACACGAACAGAGAAUGAACAAAAAAUGAAAGUUUAUUAUCAUAUUAUCAAAAUAUAAAGUCUGUGCCACGAAAGACGAUAGCAAUACGAAGUCGAUAAGACCGACAAAAUCCCGUGAAUGGUAAUAAAAAUAGAAUCCGGGCACGGUCCGACUGUGCCCGGCAACGCCGUAUUAAUUCUUGUCGAAAAGUGGGGGAAAUCUAAUACCGUUCAUCNUUUUAAAUAAUAUGCCAACUAUAUUAUUAUGAUGGAAACACCAACUCAAUUUUAGUUUAAUAUAAUUUUCCUUCUUUCUUUCAAUUUUGUAGGUAGGGCACGUGCCCGUGUGCCCCAUAGUACGAGCCGCCACUGGUCGCACUUCUAAAUGAAUCGAUCGAGAUAAUAUAACACACAGAAAGUCGUUCAUUCAAUUUUGUUCUCGUUUAGGUUGUGUGGUUUAUGAACGAAUAUCUUCAUACCAUUCAUUGAAUGAAUAUUAUUGUAUAGCGAAUUAAGCAACCACAAUUGAUAAUUUAUUCUCGUAACUAUGAUUACAAGUUCAACAAUAAAUUUAAUAUAAUAGAAUUUGUGAAGACUAAAAUAAGAAAACCAUCAGUUAUAUAGAUACAUCACUAGAUGUGCUAGAUAUCUAGCACAUGAUAUACUACACAUAUAAAAUAAUUUUAAUAAAUCAAUCAAUAAAAAAAAACAUUGUAACUAGAUAGUAGGUACCAUGGUGAUUAUUAUAAAUAACUGACUUAAUCACAAAGUACAUAGGUAUGUAGCCAAAAUUUUCCUUUUUUUGGGGGAGGGCUUGAUCAAAUAUAAAAUGUGUCACUAACUGUAUCAACCAAUAACUUUUUGGGCAAAAAAAGAAUUAAAACAUUAUAGGUAGAAAAUCAAAGUACCAUCUGAUUACAGACUCUAUCGACCACCCUGACCAAUUGCCUGGAAGUACAUUCUAUAUCAAAAAAUAUUAAAUCUGUAUAAAUAAUUUAAGUAUACUGAUUUUUACUGAAUAAACCAAAAUAUUGUAACUUUUAUAGUCUGAUAAGAUCUUUUGACUCAGUAAGUGUACCAGCAUAGAUUAAAUAUACAUAUAUAACUCACAUCAAUGGGCAUAAUGGAAACUAGUUAAUUAUUAAUAGUGAUGGGAUUUUCAACUCAAUACCAUGAAUCAGUUCACUUGACUCGGUUCAUUUUAACGAGUUGACUCAAUGAGUCCUCCUCUUGGUACUUACACAGCCUAUAGUACUUGAAUUGAAGUCUUAUGCAAUUUAUUGCCAGUAAUUAUUUUUAUUUUAAGAUUGUUUUCCAAAAUAUUUCUAUUUGAUAAUGCAUACUUCAAUAAACAAAAUAAUUAUCGCUCUAAUCCUCUCCGAUGCCAUUGUUCAUUACAAUGUAUGAUAUAUUAGUACAAUAUGUUUAUAUUUGAAUUUUUGGUUGUAAAAUAUAAAUACAAUACAUUUUAUCGUAUACUUUUAUAAUUUAAUUAAGUAGGUAUAUCAUAAUAAUAUAUACUAAAUACUUAUAGAUAUCUUAAUACCUAUUGUAUAAUGUAUUAAAUAUCUUCCAUUUCUCAUGCUUCCGAUAAUAUUGUUUUGUCAAACAUGAAAAAAGAAACUUAUUCUAAAUAAAUAUUAACGCAAAAUGUAUUUAAUCACUAAAUGACUUGCAACAAUUGCAACCUGCUUGUACUACAUAAAACUAUUAUACAUUUAUAUCAUUUAAUAUCAAUAUAUUAUCUAUUAUCUAAUAUCUAUGCAUUUUACGUUUUAAUAUCACUGCCAUCACAAGUUGCUGACAUACCUAUUUAAUUUAUCAUAAUAUCACUUGUCAUUACACAAUAAUAGAAUUUCAUAUUAUGUAUAUUAUGGCAUAGCAGCCUGCACAGGCGAAUUGUCGGACUGAUAACAUACAUCCGUGAUUCGUGAAUCAUUGUUUUGAACCAGUGAGUCACUGAGUCACUGAACUAUACCACACUGAAUUAAUUCAUUCAGUUCACCUAAAAGAGUCAACUCACUCAUGAACUACCCACCUCUAAUUAUUAACAAAAUGUGCCAAUAGAGAGUGUAUAGUAUAACGAUUAAAUAAUUAAAUUAUUUUGGUCAAAAUAAAAAAAAAGUAAUGUCGAUAAUCUACGUCAGUCCUGAGUCCACAAUACCUUCUUAGAAAUUUAAGAUAAGAAAUAAUCCAAAAUCAUACAUUUGUAUAACAAAAUAAUAUCAACAAAUAAUAUUGUGAUAUAUCAUUUUAUUAUUUCAUACAAUUAGUUUGUUAUGGCUCCUCGUUCUUCGAGAUUUAGAUAGACAUUCUACAUUUUGUAGUUUGAAUAACUAUUUUUUUUUUAAAUAAAUGUAUUGCUGAAAUAAUUAAUCAUCGUGUUUUUAUUUUAUUAUAUCAUAUAAUUUUAAGCCGAUAAUUAUAUUUUUAAUAAGGAUAGAUUGCGUCAUUAACUGGAUGAUACACAUGUAUUUGUCUCUUACAAACGUACGACAGCAAAUUUGCAUUCACGCGGAACAACUUUGUGUUGUUAGUUUUAAUAUGAUAGUGCAUUGACAUAUUAUCAAACUAUCAGAAAGUUUAAGAAAGUUCUCUGUGUAACUACCUUGGUUUUGCUGAUAUUUAAAUCUCCAAGCAAGUUAAAUCAUGUUAAUUGUGAUAUUCCAUAUGUUAUUUAUAUUUCGUCUUACCUUCAAAUUUGAUAAUAAGUCAAUAAACUUUUAUUAAAACUAACAGCACAAAGUUGUCCCAUGUGAACAUAAAUUUGCUGUGACGUAAUUUGUAAGACAGACAACAAAGGUAAGUGUAGUCCUCUUAAGUUACAACAUAAAAUAUGUACACGAAACCAAAAUUUUUUGUUAAAACCAAAAAAAAACACUUUUUCUACCAGAAAGCCUACUCUGAUGUGUACAAUGUAGACCCUUUUCUAAAAAGAAAUUUUCUUGGGGUGGUACUUUAAGUAGGUAAUUUUUUGACUUUCUCAAAAGCUUCCUCAUCAAAUAAGAAAAACUAAAAAAAAAAAAUUACGAAAUUAGGUAUUAAUUAAAAAAUAUUUCGGCUUUUUUUUUCUUAUGAACAACUUUUCUGUCAACAAUUUUGCACCGAUUUACAAUGAUAGCACUUUUCUGAAAUGAAAUCUAUCUGGAGAGGUGCCCUAGAAAGAUCAUUUUUUUUUUUUUUCCCAACAAAUUGCUAAAAACCAUCCGAAACUCGAAGAAACAGGAAAAACGGGAAAAUAAGUACAAUAUUAUUAAAGAAAAUGUAUAAUGACUACGUAAUUAUAUAAUCAUUAUAUGGCAUGUAUUAUAUUGUUUACAAAGCAACACUAUCAACUGAACUCCGCUCAGAAUCGUUUUUUUGCUAGCAAUGGUUUAUCAUGACUUACAGAUAUAAUUAAAUUUCCCCUCUACUCCCUUACCAACAUCUCAUCUACAAGAAUGGUCGCAUAUAAAGUAUGUCUGUCUUUUUUGCUAUUCAUUUGUUAUUAGAAAAAAAAAAAAACCAAUACUUACUUUUAUACAAUUUUGUAUUAAUAAUUUGUUGGUAUAGGUAUAUUUAAUAACAAUGAAUAUGAUACAUUUUUUUAUACAGUUACUCCUCAGUGAUGAAUAUAUGUAGGUUUAAAAGUGUAUUUAUGUAUACUUAAAAAUAAUAAUAGAACAAAAAUCUUAAUAUUUACAUCAUCAUACUUAAUAUUAUUUACAUAAUGUUUAUUUAAAAUUUUAAAUAUUAUAAAGAAUUUUUUUUUUUUUUUGGAUUUUCCACUUCUAACAAAUUUUUUGAACAAUUAACAUUUCUAAAAAUUGUACAUAUUAUCAAAUGUAUAAUUAAAAAUUCUAAAUGUGGAAUAAAAUUUUCUUUGGUAUUUAAUGAAAGCAUUGCAUUUCUUUUAAUUUGUUUGCCAACAAACUGAACAAUUUUUAUUUUAUGAGGUUUUUUUUUCUAAUAUUGUAGCAAGUAUUUUUUUAUAUGAAAGACCAAAUUCUACAUUUUGUUGGUAUUUUCAAAUGUAAUUUUGAAAUGCUCGAGUCAUAAUUUUUUAAAAAAAAAAAAAAACUAAAUAUUCCUAAAUAUUGUAUGGAAGAUUUUAGCAGUAGGAUUUUGAUUAUAUCCUCUUUGUCUAAAGCCAAUUUCUUUUUGUUCAUUAUAUAGCAUUAUAAUCGCAUUUAUUGUCCAGCACUCAAAACAUAGAGGUCUUAUUACUCUUAUUUUUAACAUUCAUUUUCUCUAAAGUGUCAAAUGUUCAUCUCGCUUUUUCAAGUUAUUGUAGUUACUGUUGUCUUUCAUUAAAUAUUGCACACUUAAAUGGAUUUGAGUAUAAACUUAAACUAUUUAAAAAAUCAAGGUCAUUCAAAUAUUUUAUCAUAUUUGCUGUCUGAAGAGUAGUUUUGAAUUUCUGCUCCCCUGUACAUACACGUUUUUAUCAUAGCAGCCAUUGUAUUACUAAAGAGUUGCAUUGCUAAUUUGCAAGACACCAUUUGAAAUGGUCCCGGGUUUUUUAUGUGGUUUUCUAUUAUUUUUAAUAAUGAUCUACUUGUACUACUGUUCUUAACUAUAUUAUAGACAUUUCUAAUAUCUUGAAAAAAUACUUCUUUAUUUCUUGAAAUUUAAAAUUGUUUAUUAUAAAAUGUUUUCUAAAAUUUUUCUUCCAUCAACUUCAAAAAAUGGUUUAUUUUUUGUUACUUUUAAUAAUUUAAGUGCUGAUACAUUGUUGGCGCCUUGAUCACAUAUUACAGUUUUGAUGAAAAAUCCACAACUUCAUAUUUGUUGAACUGUUUCUACUAUCAAAUCAGUAUAUCACUCAGUAUAUACUUAGUAUAUCACUUUUCAUCGAUAUUGUUGGUAAAAAAUAGCAUAUUGGAAUUUUCUAUGAAGAAUACAAUUCCUGAAUCAUAAAUACAAUGGCUUGACCAGCUAAUUUAUUUGAUCGACCUUUAGGUACUAGAUUUUCAAAUCUCUACAAUAUCCAAAAAUUUAGAAUAUUCAAGAUAAUUCUUAAUUUUAAUUUCAUCAAAUAUCAAUGUACAAUAAAGUUCGUCUUUUGAUUCAUUGAUUCGCUUUUUUCUUUUUUAAAUGCUUAAAUAUUCCUGCAUUAAAUCCUGGUUUAAAUUUUGAACUUCGAAUCCAGGUAAACCAGGUUGAGUUAACUGCUUCUUAUUUUUUAAAAAUUUGUAAGCAGAUGGUGAUUUGUAGAAUAAACUUAGCAAAAUUUGUUCAUUUUUUCCUAAAAAUUUAGGUCUUAAUAAUUGCAUUUCUACUAAUGUUUUAGAUUCAUUAGAUGGAUAGUAUAAAGAACUAAUAAAGUACUUUUAUUUUUUAACCUUCUCUAAGUAUUUUUAAGUUGAAGAACAAGCUUGGGUUUUAAUAUUUUACUAUCACUUGUUGAACAAAAUUUUAGUUUUAGGCUUGUUGGUUCAUGAGAUUCUUCAAUAAAUGUUUUGGUUUUUGGAGUCAAAAAUUAGAGUUUUAGGUUUUAAAGUAAUGAACAAAUUAUUAGUCAGUUGGCUUUUUAUUUGGUGUUUGAACAUAAAUACUAAGAAAUCCGUUUUUUAAAUUAUUUCUAUUGCUAUUGGACUUUGAACACCUAUUUUUUGGUAAACUUUGGUAGAUGUUGUUACAUGUAAAUGUUCAAUAUUUUUAUAUUUUAUAGGAACUGCAUUCCUAUUCAACCUAACUUUUUCAUUAUUAGUAUAAUCUUUAACAAGAAAAUGAUUGUCACAGAUAUACCAAUGUGAUAACUCAUCCGAUGUCAGUUGAACUAAAUUAACAUUUGCUAAACAAAAAUAUUUUAAGUGACAAAUGAUUCAUAGUACAUUUCAUAUAAAUUAAUUCUCUAUUAACACUUAUUACCUAUUGCUCAAAUUGUUUGCUAAUUCUUCAUCAAAAAAGAUUGGACUACAUAUUAACCCUGAAAAGACAAUUUAAGUAUAUGAAAGUCAUUAAGGAACUAGAUAGUAUUCCAUUAACUGACACCAUAACAGUACAUAGUAAUCCAAAAUGAAAGUUUAGAGUAAAAAAAAAAAAUUGUCUUAAAAUAUUAUUUUGACAAUAAACUAUAAUGUUUUUAUAAUGUUUUAAUUACAAAUAUGGUCUUUUGUAAUUCCCAUAUUGAAAUUAUUGCAGAUAAGAAAUAUAUUUCUGCAAGCAAACAAGUAUACUUUGUUCAUUUAUCGAGUAAAUGACAAAGAUAAAGUAUUUACUUAAUUUUUCAUAAGUUGUUAUAAAAUAUAUACAUAUAUAUAUAUAUAUAUAAUUUUUAAUAUUAAUUUGGAAAUGGAAAUUGAAGAUAAGUUGUUCAAGUCUUAAAAUUGAUACUCCUUUCUUUAUUUAUUUGUAUUUCAGUAGUAUAAUUAUUGAGUAAUUGUUAAUCUCAUGACUUUUAAAAGUUAUGAAUGAAUAUUGCCCAAUUUUUUCCCCUAAAACAAUCUAUUGUAUGUUACAGUACAAGUUUUCAGUUUUUUAACCAUGUAUAAUUUAUCUGCCUUUGAGGUGCUGAUAAUUUUAUAACUUGAGAAAAACUAUUAUUGUCAACAAUGAGAAAAUUACCAAAAAAGUUUUUACUCAAUUAUUGGAAGAAGUAAAAUCAUUACUCAUUUUAAAUUAAUGUGAUACAUCAAAAGAUAUGCAUAAUGACAACUUGGAAGAGGAUAAAGAAUUCAGUGAAACAGAUGAAUCUGGGAGUGAACUUGAAGAUUUUUAAAUAAAAAUAUUAAUACAACAUUAAAAUAAUUAAACUAUUUUUUUACUUUCAUUUGAAUUAUUAUUACAUAAUAUAUUACUAUUAGAACUUUUUUUCGUUGAAAAUACACAUAGUACAAAACAAGUACAAAAUUCAAAAUGUUCAAUAACAAAUGAUAAUAUACACAGCAACAAAAACUUAUAAUGCAGUAAUUGAUAACAUUGUCAAUUGUGAUUAUUAGCGCAUUCUGAUAUCAGGCUCUCAUACUAUUAUUUCUGGGCUCUCAAUGGUACAAUUUAUUGCUUCCAAUUUUUAUCAUUGCAUGGGCUAUCUAUGUAUAUCUAUGGUACUAAGUAGUCAUUAGGUUUAAUUUGUUCACGUGAAAGAAAUGAAUAAUAAUGAACUGAUCUUUUGAAUAGAUCCAAUCCUAAUAAAUUGAAUCCUUCAAAAAAUCUGUUGACUGUUUUUACAUAAAUUGAUUCUGCUUUAAAAUGAAGCAGCAACUCAAAUUCAAUAUCUUUUGAGUUACUUACUAUCCUCUUUGUUUGAGUUAUCCAACUAUUUACAUACAUAUUAAUGAAAAUAUGAAAUUUUUUUCAGAAUAAGGAUGUUUUACAAGAUAUGGAUGAGGAUAUGGAUGACGAAUUCCAAGCAAUGUCUGACCAAAUCGUCUCAAAAAAUAUCCUUUUUUCACAAUAUCAAUUUUAUUUUAAAUACAUUUUAACAUUAUAA